GCCCGGCUCCCUCUCCGGCCACCAUGUUUCUCUCGCCCCUGAGCCUCGUCCUGCGGGCGUUGAAUGUCCGGGCGGGCUCCGCCCUCCUCUUCUGGCUCCUGGGGCUGGCCCUCCGCUCGUCACCCCUCUCGGGGCAGAAGCCUGAGGACAAGUACCCUGUGGUGCCCACCAACUACGGGAAGCUGCGCGGCGUCAAGAAAGGCCUGAACAACGAGAUCCUCGGCCCCGUGGUCCAGUACCUGGGCAUCCCGUACGCCACGCCGCCCGUGGGGGAGCGACGCUUCCAGCCGCCCGAGGCCCCCGCUUCCUGGUCCGAGGUGCGCAAUGCCACAGCUUUUGCUCCUGUCUGUCCCCAGAACAUCCACGGCAUGCUUCCAGGGAUUAUGCUCCCGGUCUGGUUCACCGACAAUCUGGAGAUUGUGGCCGGCUACGUUCAGAAUCAAAGCGAAGACUGUCUCUACCUCAACAUCUAUGUCCCCAUGGAGGACGGUCCGCUCACGAAAAAGCGUGAGGAAGCGUCAGCUAACAAUCCCACUCCAGACGAAGAUAUCCGAGACAGCGGGAAGAAACCUGUGAUGCUCUUCAUUCAUGGCGGAUCUUACAUGGAAGGGACCGGGAACAUGUUUGACGGCAGUGUCUUGGCUGCGUACGGCAAUGUGAUUGUUGUCACCCUGAACUACCGGCUCGGCGUGCUGGGGUUCAUGAGCACGGGUGACCAAUCGGCCAAAGGGAACUAUGGCCUCCUUGACCAGAUUCAGGCCUUGCGAUGGCUGAAUGAGAACAUUGGCCAUUUCGGGGGGGACCCUGAGCGCAUCACCAUCUUUGGCUCCGGGGCAGGGGCCUCCUGCGUCAACCUUCUCAUCCUGUCUCACCACUCGGAAGGCUUGUUCCAGAAAGCAAUUGCGCAGAGCGGCACCGCCAUUUCCAGCUGGUCCGUCAACUAUCAGCCGCUCAAGUACACCCGGAUGCUGGCCUCCAAAGUUGGCUGCGACCACAUGGACACCAGCAGCACGGCGGAGUGUCUUCGGCGCAAGCCGUACCGGGAGCUGGUGGACCAGGACAUUCAGCCUGCGCGCUACCACAUCGCCUUUGGCCCCGUGGUGGAUGGCGACGUGGUCCCAGACGACCCGGAGAUCUUGAUGCAGCAGGGCGAAUUCCUGAACUACGACGUCCUCAUUGGUGUCAACCAAGGGGAGGGUCUGAAGUUUGUGGAGGACUCCGUGGAGAACGAGGACGGCAUCUCGGCCAGCUACUUCGACUUCACCAUUUCCAACUUUGUGGACAACCUGUACGGCUACCCGGAAGGCAAGGACAUCUUGCGGGAGACCAUCAAGUUCAUGUAUACCGACUGGGCUGAUCGGGAUAAUGGUGAGAUGCGCCGGAAAACCCUUCUGGCUCUCUUCACUGACCACCAGUGGGUGGCGCCUGCUGUGGCUACGGCCAAGCUCCACGCCGAGUACCAGUCGCCCGUGUACUUCUAUACCUUCUACCAUCACUGCCAGACGGACACUCGCCCCGAGUGGGCUGAUGCAGCCCAUGGGGAUGAGAUCCCCUACGUCUUCGGCGUGCCCAUGAUUGGGGCCACGGACCUCUUCCCCUGCAACUUUUCCAAGAACGAUGUCAUGUUGAGUGCCGUUGUAAUGACAUACUGGACCAAUUUUGCGAAGACCGGGGACCCCAACCAGCCCGUGCCGCAGGACACCAAAUUCAUCCACACCAAGCCGAACCGCUUCGAGGAGGUGGUGUGGACCAAGUUCAACACGAAGGACAAGCAGUACCUGCACAUCGGCCUCAAGCCUCGGGUGCGGGACAACUAUCGUGCCAACAAAGUGGCAUUCUGGCUGGAGCUGGUGCCCCACCUGCACAACCUUCACGAGCCCCCCUACACCUCGACCACCACCCGGAUCCCCCCCUACGUCACCCGCUGGCCCAGCACCCGGGUGGGGCCGAGCACAACCCGCCAGCCCAUCUCCACGCUUCCGCCCGAGGAGGACGACGUGGGCCGGCCUCCGCGCUACGUCCCAUUCCCCGGAGACUCGCGGGACUAUUCCACCGAGCUCAGCGUCACCGUGGCAGUCGGCGCCUCCCUGCUCUUCCUGAACAUCCUGGCCUUCGCCGCCCUCUACUACAAGCGGGACAAGCGGCACGAGCUGCGGAGCGGGCGGCGCCUCAGCCCCCAGCGGAGCGCGGCCAACGACCUGGUGCAUGGCGGGCAGGAGGAAGAAAUCAUGUCCCUCCAGAUCAAGCACUUGGAGCAUGACGCGCACGACCUGGAGGCCCUCCGACCGCAUGAGAUCCUACGCCCGGCCUGCCCGCCCGAUUACACCCUGGCACUCCGCCGGGCCCCCGACGACGUCCCCCUGAUGACCCCCAACACCAUCACCAUGAUCCCCAGCACCAUCACGGGUAUGCAAGCUUUGCACCCCUUCAACACCUUCCCCACCGGACACAACAACACUCUUCCUCACCCUCACUCCACCACCCGUGUAUAGUUGUCCCCCUCUCUGCGCCCCCAGCCGCCUGGUGGGGGGGGUCUCUUUCCAACCUGCCC